AUGAACAACGUGAACAAAGUUCAACAGUUGAAAACAGAAGACCCAGUAAAAUGGUACAAGGAGCUGAAGUCUGUGUGCAACGUAGUAAAACCUCCCAGUGCCAUCCACGUCCCAAACGUCGCCCCGGACGACCACAAGGCUGUCGCAGACGCGAUAAACAAACACCUGUCGUCGAUCUCCCAGCAGUCCCCAGAGGUGUGCACCAGCGAUCUACCAGCCUACCUACCUGCACCCUCCCCACCGCCACAGAUCAUGCCGUGGGAGAUGUACAGAGAGCUGUCCCGAGUCAGAGUUCGUAAAGCGGGAGGUCCGGACGGUAUCGCUCCCCGUUUGGCCAGUAGUUCCUGGGACAAGACAGUUCGUCUGUGGAACCCUGACACCAGUACGCUCCUGUUUGUGUUAGGGGGACACACGGGAUGGGUCAAGGCACUGGCCUUCUCCAUGGACAGUCUGUAUCUGGCCUCAGCUGCAGACGAUGAAACUAUGUGA